AUGGAGCAAAGUUACGACUACGUGAUCUGCGGUGGUGGGCUCGUCGGUUGCGUCCUGGCUUCACGCCUGUCGCAUGCCGGACACAGCGUCGUGCUCCUCGAAGCCGGUCCUGAGAACUACAGCGAACAGGUCAUGAGCCCCAUUGCGGCUCCUCGGUUGCUCGGGUCCCCCUUACAGUACAACCUGCUCACCACCAACCAGCCGAGAUUUGCAGACCGUGCCGUGCAUAACCAUGUCGGCAGGUUACUCUCUGGGUCCAGCGCAGUCAACUACGGGCUCUGGACUCGCGGUCAUUCCUUCGACUACGAUACAUGGGCAUCGGCGGUUGGGAAUGAGCGAUGGAGUUACAAGAAUAUGCUGCCGUAUUUUAAAAAGUCGGAAACCCAUUAUGACCCAGAAGCUAGUUCAGACUUACAUGGCUUUUCUGGACCAAUUGCAACAACGGCCGGUGCUCGCAUAUACCCGCUGCGAGAGACUUUCAGAGCGGCUUUUUCGUCUGUUGGUGUUCAGUAUAAUCCGGACACGAACAGUGGCAACCCCUUUGGGUUUGGCAAAUUUACCGAAAAUUGGAAAAACGCCCAGCGGCAGCCGGCAGGUAAGGCAUAUGACUUAGCUCGUGCCACCGUUAUCACCCAGAGCACUGUUGCAUCUGUCACCUUCGAAGGAGACAAUCAUAUUGCAACUGGAGUCACAUUAACCAACGGAGUUGAGUACAAGGCCAAAAAGGAAGUAAUACUUACUUGUGGUGCACUAAAGACACCACAGCUUCUUAUGCUCUCAGGAAUCGGCCCGGAGAAGCAUUUGUCUCAACAUGGCAUUAAGACUAUUGCCAAUCUACCCGUCGGGGAAAAUUUCCAUGACCAUAUCUCUGCAGCUCUUUUUUGGAAAGUGAAGCACCCGGAGAAAGGAGUCACUGUGGGCUCACCCCUGUUCAACAAACCUGAGUUCGUUCACGGUAACCCUAUGGAAUGGAUUGCAACUAUCUCGACACCUCGAGAAGAACUGAUCAAGGCAGCCAGUGUAGAUAAGAUAGACCACGCAGAUCCAUAUCUAAAGGAACCCCGCGGUAAUGCCGAAAUAUUUGUAGCUUAUGCGCCUAUCGCAGGUGAUAGCUCUCGCCCACCGGAUGGCACACUGAUUUCGACCCCUGUCGUGCUUCUUUUGCCUACAAGUCGUGGUAGCCUAACCUUGGCUGAUACCAACCCACUAUCAGAUCCAGUUCUAGACGGAAACUAUCUUGCAACGGAAACUGAUCGUGCAGCGAUGCGUGCUGGAGUCCGACUUGCAUUGCGCCUAAUGGAGACGGACCCUGCUAGAGAGGUCAUUGAGUCAGAGAAUCCUCCAGAGGGCUGCCCUUCGUUGAGCAGCGUUUCAAGUGAUGCUGAAAUCGAUCGACGUAUUAGUGUAGCCGCAAAUAGUUUCUACCAGAAUGCCGGCACUGCGGCCAUGGGCACAGUUGUUGAUAGUGAGUGUCGUGUCAAGGGUGUCAAAAAUCUCCGAGUGUGUGACGCGAGCGUGUUGCCGCUUCCUAUUGCUGGGCACUACCAGGCUCCAAUGUAUGCUUUUGCUGAAUCGGUUGCUGAUUUACUCUUAUAUUAG